AUGGUUAAAAUAAGAGAUACAACAAUACCGCUAUCGUGGAGUGAUCAAUGCAAAACACCAACAGCUAAUCAUCAUCAAUUGGAGAGUCCGGCAAUAAAGACUGCUUUGGCGCCCUACAACUAUCCGCAAGAAACAGCAGUAACAUCAUGCACGACAGCAACUGGUACUCACUACUCCAUUGUCACCACAUCAGCAGCAGCUCUAAGUUCAACAACAACUUCAUCCACUUCUCCUGAACCAAUCCAUACACCUUCAACUCUCAUUCAAACCGCAACACGUAGUGCUGAAUGUAGCGCACCGUCUACACUGAUCGCAUCGUCAUCACCAAGAAACCGCGAUAAGCAGUCGCCAAACAAACUCGAACUCGAAAAUAAUAACAAAAAACAAAAGAAUAAAAUGCAAAGCUCUACACAAACAACUCUACAAGAGUAUUGGUUAGGCAAUCCAGCUUCAUCAAAUAGGUUCGAUCUCUUGGAUGUAGAACCAAAUAUCAAUAAGCCAGAAAGCAACCCAGUAGAAAAAGAUCCAGGUACGCAGCGUGCACAAAAACCGCCACCAAUAUAUUGCUCAACUUACUCUGAUAAUAAUGUACAUGUAGAAACAAGAGAAACUAUGGUUAAAAUAAGAGAUACAACAAUACCACUAUCGUGGAGUGAUCAAUGCAAAACACCAACAGCUAAUCAUCAUCAAUUGGAGAGUCCGGCAAUAAAGACUGCUUUGGCGCCCUACAACUAUCCGCAAGAAACAGCAGUAACAUCAUGCACGACAGCAACUGGUACUCACUACUCCAUUGUCACCACAUCAGCAGCAGCUCUAAGUUCAACAACAACUUCAUCCACUUCUCCUGAACCAAUCCAUACACCUUCAACUCUCAUUCAAACCGCAACACGUAGUGCUGAAUGUAGCGCACCGUCUACACUGAUCGCAUCGUCAUCACCAAGAAACCGCGAUAAGCAAUCGCCAAACAAACUCGAACUCGAAAAUAAUAACAAAAAACAAAAGAAUAAAAUGCAAAGCUCUACACAAACAACUCUACAAGAGUAUUGGUUAGGCAAUCCAGUUUCAUCAAAUAGGUUCGAUCUCUUGGAUGUAGAACCAAAUAUCAAUAAGCCAGAAAGCAACCCAGUAGAAAAAGAUCCAGGUACGCAGCGUGCACAAAAACCGCCACCAAUAUAUUGCUCAACUUACUCUGAUAAUAAUGUACAUGUAGAAACAAGAGAAACUAUGGUUAAAAUAAGAGAUACAACAAUACCGCUAUCGUGGAGUGAUCAAUGCAAAACACCAACAGCUAAUCGUCAUCAAUUGGAGAGUCCGGCAAUAAAGACUGCUUUGGCGCCCUACAACUAUCCGCAAGAAACAGCAGUAACAUCUUGCACGACAGCAACUGGUACUCACUACUCCAUUGUCACCACAUCAGCAGCAGCUCUAAGUUCAACAACAACUUCAUCCACUUCUCCUGAACCAAUCCAUACACCUUCAACUCUCAUUCAAACCGCAACACGUAGUGCUGAAUGUAGCGCACCGUCUACACUGAUCGCAUCGUCAUCACCAAGAAACCGCGAUAAGCAAUCGCCAAACAAACUCGAACUCGAAAAUAAUAACAAAAAACAAAAGAAUAAAAUGCAAAGCUCUACACAAACAACUCUACAAGAGUAUUGGUUAGGCAAUCCAGUUUCAUCAAAUAGGUUCGAUCUCUUGGAUGUAGAACCAAAUAUCAAUAAGCCAGAAAGCAACCCAGUAGAAAAAGAUCCAGGUACGCAGCGUGCACAAAAACCGCCACCAAUAUAUUGCUCAACUUACUCUGAUAAUAAUGUACAUGUAGAAACAAGAGAAACUAUGGUUAAAAUAAGAGAUACAACAAUACCGCUAUCGUGGAGUGAUCAAUGCAAAACACCAACAGCUAAUCGUCAUCAAUUGGAGAGUCCGGCAAUAAAGACUGCUUUGGCGCCCUACAACUAUCCGCAAGAAACAGCAGUAACAUCUUGCACGACAGCAACUGGUACUCACUACUCCAUUGUCACCACAUCAGCAGCAGCUCUAAGUUCAACAACAACUUCAUCCACUUCUCCUGAACCAAUCCAUACACCUUCAACUCUCAUUCAAACCGCAACACGUAGUGCUGAAUGUAGCGCACCGUCUACACUGAUCGCAUCGUCAUCACCAAGAAACCGCGAUAAGCAAUCGCCAAACAAACUCGAACUCGAAAAUAAUAACAAAAAACAAAAGAAUAAAAUGCAAAGCUCUACACAAACAACUCUACAAGAGUAUUGGUUAGGCAAUCCAGCUUCAUCAAAUAGGUUCGAUCUCUUGGAUGUAGAACCAAAUAUCAAUAAGCCAGAAAGCAACCCAGUAGAAAAAGAUCCAGGUACGCAGCGUGCACAAAAACCGCCACCAAUAUAUGUAGAAACAAGAGAAACUAUGGUUAAAAUAAGAGAUACAACAAUACCGCUAUCGUGGAGUGAUCAAUGCAAAACACCAACAGCUAAUCAUCAUCAAUUGGAGAGUCCGGCAAUAAAGACUGCUUUGGCGCCCUACAACUAUCCGCAAGAAACAGCAGUAACAUCAUGCACGACAGCAACUGGUACUCACUACUCCAUUGUCACCACAUCAGCAGCAGCUCUAAGUUCAACAACAACUUCAUCCACUUCUCCUGAACCAAUCCAUACACCUUCAACUCUCAUUCAAACCGCAACACGUAGUGCUGAAUGUAGCGCACCAUCUACACUGAUCGCAUCGUCAUCACCAAGAAACCGCGAUAAGCAAUCGCCAAACAAACUCGAACUCGAAAAUAAUAACAAAAAACAAAAGAAUAAAAUGCAAAGCUCUACACAAACAACUCUACAAGAGUAUUCGUUAGGCAAUCCAGCUUCAUCAAAUAGGUUCGAUCUCUUGGAUGUAGAACCAAAUAUCAAUAAGCCAGAAAGCAACCCAAUAGAAAAAGAUCCAGGUACGCAGCGUGCACAAAAACCGCCACCAAUAUAUGUGCAAAUUGUUUCGACAGCAGGGAAAAACACUCCUCAGACGGCUGAGAGAACUAGAGCCAAAGAAAGCCCAAGAGCUGCAACCCAGAUUGCAACAAAGUCUCCAGUUGCUAAAAAGAGGAAAAGCGACUCUGAUUCUUCCCGGCCACAAACUGUAAAUCAACCCAUGCAGAGGGAAGAGUGGAAAAAGGUAGAGAAGAAAAAGAAAUCGCUGAAAAACAGAAAAGGCACCAUCAGGCCAAUGUCGGACGCCAUUAUUAUCGAGAAAAAGGCGGGCGGUACAUCAUAUGCGGAUAUGCUGCGAGCAGUAAAGCACAGCGAAGAACUGAAGGACCUUAGCGAAAAAGUUAAGACGAUGCGACCUACAAAAAAAGGUGGCCUUCUUAUAGAAUUUAAAAGGAGCAAGGAUGUUGAGGCCAGUAGUUACCAAAUGGCUAUUGAAAAAGCGCUGGACGGUGUAGCGUCGGUGAACCUGAAGACGCAUACAGUCACAAUCCAAUGUAAAGGUCUUAUCACUGACCUGAACACGGAGGAGGAGCUACUUGAAGCGAUUACUCAGCAGGCGCAGGUGAAAAAUCUAAAGAUGUCGGCGAUACGAAGCACACGCACCAUUCCAGGAGGUACACAGUCAAUGUAUUUAUCGUUGCGUGCAGAUGAUGCCAAAAAGGUGCUGGAGCUAGGACAUCUCAAAGUAGGAUGGGUAAGAUGUCGAGUAACAGAAGUUACAUCACCGAGACGGUGCUACAGAUGCUGGGCAUACGAUCACGGAGCAACCGCGUGUAAAGAACCCGAUCGCACCAAAUUGUGCAGACGAUGUGGAAAAGAAGGCCACCAAGCAGCAAGCUGCAAAAACGAUGAAAAAUGUGCGCUGUGUACCGGAGCACAUGCAGCUGGCAGCGCAAAGUGCCCGCGCUACCAAGAGGCGGUGCGUCUUAGAAAAACAUGA